AUGUAUACCAAGUUUCAGAAAUACUGGGCUGCGCCUAGUAUGGUACUUCUCAUAGCUGCUGUCCUAGACCCAUCAAUGAAAGCUGAUUUUGUCAGGUUCUUUUACUUGACUGUUGAGAAUGCAGAAGCGGAAGCUAAGAUGAGAGAGCUUAGACAAUACUUGAAGAAAUAUUAUCUAGAGUAUGAGAGGGUUGUGAGGAACAACACAGAAACACUUGAAGCGUUAGUCUGUGCGAAAGAUUGGUUGAUUGGCUUUAAUGAUGCAGAAGAAGGUCAACCAAUGACUGGACAACGUAUGUUUGAAUCAGACGAAGAAGAUGAUGAUUGA